UCUCGUUAGGAAAUGAGAUUCACCCCUGACGUAGAGAAAUCGCGCCACCCAGCGUUUGUCAGAAGUUAAAGCCCGGAAGCUGUAGCUGGCAGUUACGAAAACAUAAACACGACAAAGUAGCGGAGCAAAGCGCAUGAUAAGUCUGCGAUCCGCCGUAAAAUAAGAAGAAGGAGAGGAAGCAAAGCACAUGUGCUCUCCUCAACUUUGAAAAUUUGCAACAUCGCUUAAUUGACGCGCUCAAAGGAACUAAUGUCUGUGUUGUUGUCAGUGCUGGUCGGUGUGCUUGCUGCAUACGUACUUAUUUAUUACAGCCUGUUUAAAGGAGCCAGAUUUAAGAGCAACGUGACGUUAAAGGGGAAGACAGCAAUUGUUACAGGGAGUAAUACUGGCAUUGGCAAAACAACAGCCUUGGAGCUGGCCAAGAGAGGGGCCCGAGUGAUCCUCGCCUGCCGAAACAAACAGAAAGCUGAAGCUGCAGUUUAUGACAUACGAAAGGAAAGUGGGAACCCUGAGGUGCUGUACAUGCAUCUGGACCUGGCCAGUUUGACGUCCGUGCGUGGUUUUGCAGAGACUUUUCUGAAGAGUGAACCGAGACUCGACUUGCUCAUUAACAAUGCAGUGUGUGUGGCUUUCUCUCUAGGUCUGAUAGCAUCAGGCAGAACUGAAGAUGGCUUUGGCAUGGCGUUCGGCGUCAACCACCUGGGCCACUUUUUGCUGACGCUGUUGCUGUUGGAUCGUCUAAAGCAGACAGAGCACAGCCGCGUCGUCAACGUGUCCGCCCUGCUGCAUCGACUGGGGUCUGUGGAUUUCAACCUCCUCAACACUCACAAGGAUCUGGUCACAGGUCAGUCAUCCUGGCACGCGUUCAGAGCCUACUGCCACAGCAAACUAUGCAAUGUGCUCUUUACCCGUGAGCUCGCAAACCGACUGGAGGGGACGAGUGUCACUUGCUAUUGCCUGCAUCCAGGUGUAAUAGCCACUGAGAUCGGUCGGAAUAUGGGUGUGCUGCAGAAGCUGCUUUCCCUGUUCAUGUCCAAGCUGUUUUUUCUGGACCCAGAGGGAGGUGCGCAGACCACGCUUUACUGUGCUUUGCAGGAGGGGCUCGAGCCUCUGAGUGGACGGUAUUUCUCUUCCUGUGCCUUGCAGAAUGUUAGCGUUCACGGACGGGAUGAUGCCUUGGCCAAGAAGCUUUGGGAAGUGAGCGAGAGGCUGUGUGGCCUGUAAGUGAGCUCACACAGGUUUGUAGAACAAUAGAACUCUAACACAGAAAAGUGUUAUGUGAUCGUUAACAGCGUUAAGUUUUUCAGGUGUUACAGGUUUGCAUUUUCAACAGGUGUAUGCAUUGUAUUUGGUAUAUAAUACUUUAUAAUAUAUUGUUGCUUUAAAUGAACACAACAUAUUUAAAUUAGGGGUGCACUGAUAUAUUUAAUUUCUGAUACAAUAAGCCGUUAAUUAUUUUUUUGU